AGGGAAACAGAUCCUUACGGCGGCGGCGACCACUGCGAUGCGCGUCCUCUAGACGCCCACGGCCGCGCGGUCGAUCGAGGCCCACGGCCCGUCCUCGAUAAACAUCAUCGACACGUCGCACUCGUCCUGCGUCGCCUCGCCCGUGAGCACGCAGGCCUUGCAGAAGUCCUGCACCUGGGCCGUCGACAUCUUGUUGAGGUCCUCGAAGACCUCGCAGUGGCCGAGCUUGAUGCAGCGCUCGAGGCACCAGCUCGCCGUGUCCUGGAGCGCCUUCUUCUUCUCGAGGGGGCUCACGGAGUCGGAGUUGUCGUAGCGGAAACCACCUGUGUGGUAUGUCGUGUUGGGUGCGGUCGGUAUCGCGCGGUGCGCAGCGGUGCGGGCGCGCGUUAGUGAUGGCACGUUUCUGCCGGGGCCGAUUUCCGUCGGCGGAGGGCGCCAUAGGCAUGGGUUGCAUGACUAUUGAGCGCCUCCGGCGAAACGUUUGGUAUUCAACAACAGCGUCGAAGCGCGGCGCAGCGCGCGCGGCAUGACUGCGCGCCGCGCAACGGGGAUCCUUCUAUGAGACUCUGGCACAGUACUAGCGGCGUCGGCCUCGUUCUUGACAACGACCGUUGCCCGCAGGAUCGAGGGCGGCGCGAAGGCCCUGGCGGCCGCGAUGAGGCUAAGAAAUACAGCGGUACGCAUGAUUUCUGGGGUUGUUUGCGCUGGCUCCUGCUCUUUUGUUCUCUCUAG